AUGGAUUCCCCAUCCAAUUCCAUCCCAAAUUCGCAGCAAGAAGCCCAGGGCAGCUCUUCCACACAGUUUGCUAAGCACGAUAAUGAUCGCGUACCAAUGGCUGUCCCUUCACAAACCGAUCAAAACGUUACUGUUUCACAAUCAUCUGACAAUUUAAGAAGAUCAAGACGUGUUCCUAAACCAAGAACGAGCAUUUAUGAUGAAUAUGAGGAAGAGCUUAAGGAAAGGGCAAACAAACCUAAGAGGAAGAGACCUGCACCUCCUAAGAAAAAGCCAUCUUCCACACAAAACUCUAAAUCAAACGAUAAAGUGGAGAAAAAAAAGGUCACCACAAUUGUCAAAGAUGGCAAGCCUACACUGAAGGCUAAUGACAAAAAAGUGGCGCCGAAACCCAAGCCCGCCCAUGAACAGGUAGAACCUGCCUUGGUUCCUAGCAAUUGGACUUCAGUAAUACCUUUGCUUACUUCUGAUUUCAAGAACCAAUAUAGUGUCAUAUCUAGGUUAAAAAAUCCUAACAUGAAACCUGUACCAUAUGCUGGAGAUAUUAUUAAGUUGAUGGCAUUCAUAAAUAAGUUUAGUUCUUUUUUCCAUUCUGACCUACAAAAUUUAUCAUUCCAAGAUUUUGAAGUCGGGUUGGAUUUAUACCCUGGCGAUCCUAAGGGGAACGCAGCUGGUAUAAUGAAGGGAACUGAUGAUACCCCCUUAUUACUAUAUCCUGAUUUUAUGGCCAUCAAGGACAUCGUUUAUUGCCAAGACAAAAUGAACCUAUUGUUCCUAACCUUGUUAGAUCUAACAUUUGCAGAAGGUUUUGAUGGUAAAAGUGCAAAAAAGAAAGGCCCACUGACUACUUGGGAGGACCUAAAAUCAUCCUCCAAAAAAGUAUUUUCUAAUCCUCUUUAUCGAUUAAGACUGGUAGCUCGCGAAUGGGGUUACCCACGAGAAUGGCGUCAGCAGCUCCCUAGUGACCAAGAUAUCUCCAAACCUAGAACUGCUCUUUUUGAACAAGAUGAACAAACACCUGUGGUGGAUCCCAGUCAUCCGGAAAUUUUAACGCCAAAUAUAUAUACCUGGAAUACAAAUGAGCCUCUUCUUUUAGAAUCUGAUCCCUUGCAGAAUCGGGAAAUAGACAAGAAUGGAAUUUUGGCACUCAAACCAAUGGACCGUAUUGUUUUGUUGAGGGCGUUAACUGAUUGGUGCGCUUCUCACUCACCAGCUAUCCAUAAUGAGAUAUACAAGUUAACUCAUGGUAAAAAAGAUCCCGUUUUUGGCAUUCAAACACAACAAGUGCCAAGGUAUGCAGUUGAAGGGGUAGAUAAUACCAUGAAUCAGUUUAAAAAACUUUGCACAUUGAUUCAGUCGAGGUACGAAAUCAGAAGUAAGAAAAAGCAUUUUGUCAAACAACUAAAAGAGGGUAAAAAACCAGAUUUAUCAAGAAAGCUAGAAAUCUUGAAGGGAAUUAAAGCCGAUUUGAAAAAUGUAGUGAAAUCCGAAAAGGAUGAACUUUUGUUAUCACUGUACGACAAGUGGGUUCCAUUGUUUGAAGGCGAACUGCCCGAUCAGCCGUUAGCUAAUCCUUUUUCGGAAAGGCUUUAUAAAUUGCGAUUACAAGAGUUCUUCCUUGGUAGAGUUCCCCAUAUAGGUGAUUUUUACAUGCCAAGACUGCACAGUUAUGACGAGUCACUCGAAAUGAGUACCUUUACUGAUCUGAGAAGCCUACAAGCAUUGUUAUCGAAAUUCAAAAAUAAUGAAUACAGCGCUUUUACACUGUUUGAAAAUGAUGGACAAUCGAUGAGUGCACAAUUCAAAUUGUUUUACCAUGACACACCAUCGUUGGCGCAUGAUGUUGCGCAAGGCAGAAAUACAUCGGGGAAGGUUUAUUGGUAUGAAUUAUGUCACGAUUCAGCAACACUGUUGGAGUUCUUGGACUUUUUGGACUAUAAAAUCUCUAAACCUCAAGAUGAAAAGAAGGAGGGAAACGAGAAAGAAAAAGAAACAUCGGAUAGCGAAGCGCAAACGUUGGAGCAGAAACCUACUGCUACCACCGAUUCUAAUCCUUCCAUGAAUACUAACCCGCUGCCAAAAGACGCAAAAUACAACACCGCGAGAAAGAAGCUACAGAUAUUAAAGGAAUUUCUAUCUGAUUACUAUUUCAUUCUUCGUCAGUUCGAACAAAUGAAAGUUCAAUUUGCAGACAUGAAGCCGGGCAAGAGACAAUUGAGAAGAAUACAGCGACAAACCGUGAACUAUAAUACGGAAUAUGAUAGUGAAGAAUAUGUCGAUGAUGAAGAAGAAAACGAGGAAGUUGAUAUUUAUGAUGAUGACAACGAGAACGAUUCCUCUUUUGAUGAUGGAAGAGCUAAAAGGCAGCGCACCUAG